UUCCAAAAGCAUUACUUUAAUCAAUCGCCUUGCUUUAAUUCAAUUCAGUUCACUUUGUGAAUUUGAGCAGAAUUAUUUUCGUACGGAGCAAAAAUAGAAGAAAGAGCUUCAGAGAUUCAAGAUGUUUUUAAAAAUGCUUAUUUCGUUAAGUGUUCUUUCCACCAUUAUAAAUUUGACUACCAGUCAAUCGUGCACCAAAAAGCGAAGAGAUAAAUAUAAAUAUGAUACCAGAACUGAAAGCUAUUGCUGUGCUGGUUACGUUAUGAGGAACAACGAAUGCGUGUCCGCUUGCGUGCCUAACUGCCCUGCCAACAGUCGAUGCACCAAUGUCAACAAAUGCACUUGCAAUUAUGGUUACACUUCCACCACGUCUAUUCCUAGAGACAUUGUCUGCGAGCCGAAGUGCACUGCAGGCUGUCAGCCGCAUAGUACUUGUACAAAACCCGAGACUUGCACAUGCGAUUCUGGAUAUGAAAGACGACGCGGGGAUGGCAUAUGUGAACCCAUCUGCGAGGAGCGCUGUUCUGAACAUGCGAUUUGUACAGCGCCAGAUACUUGUAGCUGUGUGGAGGGUUAUAAAUUAAAUGAGGACUUAAAGGAAUGUGUACCAGAGUGCCAAUAUGGUUGCGAUACUACAACAAAUACGAUUGAAACCGGCGGCGCUGCGCAAUCAUUGCGCAUGACUAUUGAUGGUUUGAUAUUCGCUGUGUUCAUGUCGGCUGCGUUUGUUUGAGCAUUAAGACAUCGUCAGCGGCUUUAUAUUAGAUCAUUAAUGAGAUGAAAGGAAAGCAACCAAUUAUAUUAAGCUGGAACAGAAGGUUAUGUUAUGUAAUAUCGGGCUAAGUUAUAUCCACCAGCUGUAAAUUAAUUUUAUUCAAAAGUAUUAUUUUGUGCAAUUAUAUUUUAUAGUAAUUUGACAUUUUCAAAAUUAACAAGUAAAGAAGGGGUAAGUUCGGGUGCAACCGAACAUUUUAUACUCUUGCAACUUGCAAAAAUCGAAGCCA